AAAAGCCCUCGCCUUCCUCGCGAAUCCGCCUCCACUCCCCCUCCCUUCCCGAGGAAACCCCCACCUUGCAUGGCCAAGCGCCUCCCGGCCGACGGCCUCGCCGCCAUCCGCGCCGCGCUCCGCCCCUCCGCCCGCGGCCUCCGAUCCCGCCCCUCCCAAGGCGGCAAGGCGGGGAAGCCGUCCGCCGCUCCGCUGGAUACGCCCAGGAACGCCGCCGGCGCCGGCGCCAGCGCCGGGCGCGCGGAGGUGCGGGAUUUGGCGGCGGCGUGCGGACUGCAGGAGGACGACCGGGUGCCGCUCUCCGAGGUGGUGCUGGACUGCACGAGGCGGUGGUUCCAGGACACGCUCAAGGAGGCCCGCGCCGGCGACGCCGCCAUGCAGGUGCUCGUCGGCCAGAUGUACCGCAGCGGCUACGGCGUCAACAAGAACGAGCACAAGGCUCAAAUUUGGACGGAGAAAGCAUCACGAUAUCGAUCUACAGUCUGGAAAGUUAGCAACAAACGCCCAGGAUACAAUGCUAGUGACUCAGAUUCAGAUGAUUCCAAGGAAACAGGCAAACAAUCACAUGUUACUGGAAAGUGACUACAAAACCAGCAAGGCAAGAAAAACUACCCCAUGAUGACAUGAUGUACCCCAUGAUGCAUGAAAUACGCGGUUCUAUCAAGGAGAUUAUUUGCGUGCCCUAUUAGUUAAGCGUGUAUGGUGCUCUGUUCUCGUUUGUGUGGUUUACAAAUUUACUUAUCAUUGAAAAUGUAAAAUUCUCAGGAUGGGUUUCACUGAACACUGAGCAUACGAGGAAUCAGUAAGGAUAUUCGAUUUUUUGUUUUGUCACGAGCA